AUGCCCACGGAUCAACGCCGCGACGCCGCGGUGGACAUCUUCGUCAUUGGCGGCGGCAUCAAUGGCUGCGGAAUCGCGCGCGACGCCGCUGGCCGCGGCCUGUCGGUGACGCUGGCCGAGAUGAACGACCUGGCAUCGGCAACCUCCUCGGCUUCGACCAAGCUGUUCCAUGGCGGCCUGCGCUACCUCGAAUAUUUCGAGGUCCGCCUGGUCCGCGAGGCGCUGAUCGAACGCGAGACGCUGCUCGCGGCGAUGCCCCACAUUUCAUGGCCGAUGCGCUUCGUCCUGCCGUUCCACCGCGACAUGCGGUUCGAGAGCGAGACACCGACAUCCAAGCUUCUGUCGGCGAUCAUGCCCUGGAUGAAGGGCCGCCGCCCGGCAUGGCUGAUCCGGCUUGGCCUGUUCAUCUACGACAAUCUGGGCGGGCGGAAGGUGCUGCCUGCCACCCGGACGCUCGAUCUGACCAGCGAUCCGGCCGGCGCACCGCUUCAGGACCGAUUCGCCAAGGCGUUCGAAUAUUCCGACUGCUGGGUCGAGGAUUCGCGGCUUGUCGUCCUCAACGCCCGAGACGCCGAGGACAAGGGCGCCCGGAUCAUGACGCGCAGCCGCGUCAUCUCGGCCGAACGCGACGGCGAGUUGUGGGCGGUCACCACGCGGAACGAACAGGGUGCGACCGAAGUCCAUUAUGCAAGGGCGCUGGUCAAUGCGGGUGGGCCGUGGGUCGAGGACGUGGUCCGCAACACCGUGCGCCUGAACACGUCCGAAGGCGUGCGGCUGGUACGCGGCAGCCACAUCGUCACCAAACGGCUCUACGAUCACGACAAGUGCUAUUUCUUCCAGGGCGAGGAUGGCCGGAUCAUCUUCGCCAUCCCCUACGAGACCGACUUCACGCUGAUCGGCACCACCGAUCAGGAGCAUGACGGCGCGCCGCACGAUGCGGUCUGCACGCCCGAGGAACAGGAUUAUCUGACCGCCUUCGCAUCGCGCUAUUUCAAGAGGCCGGUGACGCGCGACGACAUCGUCUGGACCUAUUCGGGCGUUCGUCCGCUCUAUGAUGACGGCGCCAAGUCGGCGACCGCCGCGACCCGCGACUAUGUCCUGUCGCUGGACGAUGCCCCCGGCGCCCCGCUGCUGAACGUGUUUGGCGGCAAGAUCACCACUUACAGGCGCCUGGCCGAAGGUGCGCUAGCCAAGCUCAAGCCGCACCUUUCGCAGAUGGGCGAGCCGUGGACGGCACGUGCACCGCUGCCCGGCGGCGACUUUCCCGUCGACGGGUUCGACGACCUGGUCGCGCAGGUGUCGGGUGACUAUCCGUUCCUGGACGAUAGCUGGGCGCGGCGCCUCGUGCGCGCUUAUGGCACCGAUGCGCGGAAGCUUCUUGGCGAUGCCAGGCGCAACGAGGAUCUCGGCUCCGAUUUCGGCGCCACGCUGACCGAAGCGGAAAUAUGCUGGCUGAUCGACCGGGAAUAUGCGCGCACGGCCGACGAUGUGGUCUGGCGCAGGUCCAAGCUCGGCCUGCGGCUCGAUGCGCAGCAGCAGGCCGCCAUCGACGCAUUCAUGCGGGCCCAGCACGUCAUGGGCAACAACAACGCGGCGGCCGAAUGA